AUCUCCUUCCUGCAUGCAACUCACUGAGAAGGAGAGGCGAGCGUGUCCUCCCCUCUCGCAGCCGCCAGCAUCUCCAGCCACCAAGGACCUGCUUUUUGCACCUCCAACACCCACUCCCUUCUUCCCCGCCACUCCCUCCCAGAAAGAGAGAGAGAGAAAGAAAAAAGGAGACAGAAAUAUUCCGGAAUUUGAGCCUCUCCAAAGAGGAAACAUACCCAGCAAACUCAGUUGAUUAAACAUCAGACAGACAGACAGACAGACCCCAAAUCUUCUGUCCAACUGGAAAGGUCUUUUCUCUGGAGUCCUGGGAGGCAGGUUAUGGGCUGGACCGCCCCUAGUGGACCAUGAAGCCUGAGUCCACUUUCGUUUGGCCCCGGGCCCUGCUCUGCCUGAGCUUUCAACUUCCGGCUACUCCCCUCCCCGCGGCCCUCGGCUGCUAGGAGGUCGGCCUUCAGGGCUGGUCCUCGGCCUGUUUCUACCUUGCGUCUGGCUCACCUGACUGCUCGCUCCUCCUCCAUCACGGCCCCCCUGACCCCAGCCCUCUCCCCGGCCUCCCUGGCUGGGCCGUUUGGGGGUCUGCUGCCCAGAGGUGGACAUUGCUGAAGGCUUCCACCCACCAGCCAGCCCUCCGUGUACUUUUCUCCUGCCCAAAUCAAGGCCUCCGGAUCCACAUUGGAUAGCUGAGAUCUGUUCUUGGAGAAGGACACUCUGCUCCCCACUCUGCACCCUCACUGUCCCCCGCCUGCCUGACUGACCUCCUCUAUUGCUGCCCCGUCCUUCCCCCACUCUGUCUCUUACUGAAUUUCUUGCUUGUGGGUGCCCACCAGGGGCUUUCUGGUUUUCUUUCCUCCUUCCUCAUCCUCCUGUGUGUGUGUGUGUGCCUCCUCUCUGUUGUGUGUUCUCUGUCCCCCAGCCAUCUCCUCUUCCUCUCUGCCUUCCACUUCAAAGGAGGUGGGGCAGGGGGAUUGUCCCCCGAGGGCCAUUCCCCGCCUCCGGGCCCCUGGGGCUUGGCCAGAAUGAGCUUCACCAUGCACUCGGUGUUCUUCACCUUGAAGGUGAGCCUCCUGCUGGGAUCCCUGCUGGGGCUCUGCCUGGGCCUGGAGUUCAUGGGCCUCCCCAACCAGUGGGCGCGCUACCUCCGCUGGGAUGCCAGCACGCGCAGCGACCUCAGCUUCCAGUUCAAGACCAACGUGUCCGCUGGGCUGCUCCUCUACCUGGACGACGGCGGCGUCUGCGACUUCCUCUGCCUCUCCCUGGUGGACGGCCGUGUGCAGCUGCGCCUCAGCAUGGACUGUGCGGAGACCGCUGUGCUGUCCGGCAAGCGGGUGAACGACAGCAGCUGGCACUUCGUCAUGGUGAGCCGCGACCGCCUGCGCACCGUGCUCGUGCUCGACGGGGAGGGCCGGUCCGCGGAGCUGCAGCCCCAGCGGCCUUACAUGGACGUGGUCAGUGACCUGUUCCUGGGCGGCGUUCCCGCCGACAUCCGGCCAUCUGCCCUGACCCUUGAUGGGGUGCAGGCCAUGCCCAGCUUCAAGGGAUUAAUCUCAGAUCUCAAGUACGGCAACUCAGAGCCCCGGCUUCUGGGAAGUCAGGGUGUUCAGUUGGAUGCCGAGGGGCCCUGCGGCGAGCGUCCCUGUGAAAAUGGCGGCAUCUGCUUUCUCCUGGAUGGACACCCCACCUGCGACUGUUCUACCACCGGCUAUGGCGGCAAGCUGUGCUCGGAAGAUGUCAGUCAAGGUCCAGGCCUCUCCCACCUCAUGAUGAGUGAACAAGAAAUUUCUCAGGGUCCUGGCAUUUCACAUGAUAUGAUGGAGGAAAGUGCUCGAGAGGAGAAUGUGGCCACUUUCCGAGGCUCAGAGUACCUGUGCUACGACCUGUCUCAGAACCCGAUCCAGAGCAGCAGUGAUGAAAUCACCCUGUCCUUUAAGACCUGGCAGCGGAAUGGCCUUAUCCUGCACACGGGCAAGUCGGCUGACUAUGUCAACCUGGCUCUGAAGGAUGGCGCGGUCUCCUUGGUCAUUAACCUGGGGUCCGGGGCCUUUGAGGCCAUUGUGGAGCCAGUGAAUGGAAAAUUCAAUGACAACGCCUGGCACGAUGUCAAAGUGACACGCAACCUCCGGCAGGUGACCAUCUCUGUGGAUGGGAUCCUUACCACGACAGGCUACACUCAAGAGGACUACACCAUGCUGGGCUCAGAUGACUUCUUCUACGUGGGAGGAAGCCCAAGUACCGCUGACUUGCCAGGCUCCCCCGUCAGCAACAACUUCAUGGGCUGCCUUAAAGAGGUUGUUUAUAAGAAUAAUGACAUCCGUCUGGAGCUGUCUCGCUUGGCCAGGAUUGGGGACACCAAGAUGAAGAUCUACGGUGAGGUAGUAUUCAAGUGUGAGAAUGUGGCCACACUGGACCCCAUCAACUUUGAGACCCCAGAGGCUUACAUCAGCUUGCCCAAGUGGAAUACCAAACGCAUGGGCUCUAUCUCCUUUGACUUUCGCACCACUGAGCCCAACGGCCUGAUCCUCUUCACUCACGGCAAGCCCCAAGAGAGAAAGGAUGCCCGGAGCCAGAAGAACACCAAGGUGGACUUCUUUGCUGUGGAACUCCUCGAUGGCAACCUGUACCUGCUGCUUGACAUGGGCUCAGGCACCAUUAAAGUGAAAGCCACGCAGAAGAAAGCCAACGAUGGGGAAUGGUACCACGUGGAUAUUCAGCGAGACGGCAGAUCAGGUACCAUAUCAGUGAACAGCAGGCGCACCCCGUUCACCGCCAGCGGGGAGAGCGAGAUCCUCGACCUGGAGGGGGACAUGUACCUGGGCGGGCUGCCGGAGAACCGCGCUGGCCUCAUCCUCCCCACCGAGCUCUGGACCGCCAUGCUCAACUAUGGCUACGUGGGCUGCAUCCGCGACCUGUUCAUCGACGGGCGCAGCAAGAACAUCCGGCAGCUGGCGGAAAUGCAGAACGCCGCGGGCGUCAAGUCCUCCUGCUCGCGGAUGAGCGCCAAGCAGUGUGACAGCUACCCCUGCAAGAACAACGCCGUGUGCAAGGAUGGCUGGAACCGCUUCAUCUGCGACUGCACGGGCACUGGCUACUGGGGACGGACCUGCGAGCGGGAGGCGUCUAUCCUGAGCUACGACGGAAGCAUGUACAUGAAGAUCAUCAUGCCCAUGGUCAUGCACACCGAGGCAGAGGACGUGUCCUUCCGCUUCAUGUCCCAGCGAGCUUACGGGCUGCUGGUGGCCACCACCUCCAGGGACUCUGCCGACACCCUGCGUUUGGAGCUCGAUGGGGGGCGUGUCAAGCUCAUGGUUAACUUAGACUGUAUCAGGAUAAACUGUAACUCCAGCAAAGGCCCAGAGACCCUGUAUGCGGGGCAGAAGCUCAACGACAAUGAAUGGCACACCGUCCGAGUGGUGCGGAGGGGAAAAAGCCUUAAGUUAACCGUGGACGACGACGUAGCCGAGGGUACAAUGGUGGGAGACCACACCCGCUUGGAAUUCCACAACAUCGAAACUGGUAUCAUGACUGAGAAACGUUACAUCUCCGUGGUCCCCUCCAGUUUCAUUGGCCACUUGCAGAGCCUUAUGUUCAACGGGCUGCUCUACAUUGACUUGUGCAAAAACGGAGACAUCGACUACUGCGAACUGAAGGCUCGCUUUGGACUGAGGAACAUCAUCGCCGACCCUGUCACCUUCAAGACCAAGAGCAGCUACCUGAGCCUGGCCACCCUCCAGGCCUACACCUCCAUGCACCUCUUCUUUCAGUUCAAGACCACGUCCGCUGACGGCUUCAUCCUCUUCAACAGCGGUGAUGGCAACGACUUCAUUGCCGUUGAGCUAGUCAAGGGGUACAUACACUACGUGUUUGACCUCGGGAAUGGCCCCAAUGUGAUCAAAGGCAAUAGUGACCGCCCCCUGAAUGACAACCAGUGGCACAACGUCGUCAUCACCCGGGACAACAGUAACACCCACAGCCUGAAAGUGGACACCAAGGUGGUCACUCAAGUUAUCAAUGGCGCCAAGAAUCUGGAUUUGAAAGGUGACCUCUACAUGGCAGGUCUGGCCCAAGGCAUGUACAGCAACCUCCCAAAGCUCGUGGCCUCCCGGGAUGGCUUCCAGGGCUGCCUGGCGUCAGUGGACUUGAAUGGGCGCCUGCCAGACCUCAUCAACGAUGCCCUCCAUCGCAGUGGGCAGAUCGAGCGGGGCUGUGAAGGACCAAGUACCACCUGCCAGGAGGAUUCAUGCGCCAACCAGGGGGUCUGUAUGCAGCAGUGGGAAGGCUUCACCUGCGACUGUUCCAUGACCUCCUAUUCUGGAAACCAGUGCAAUGAUCCUGGCGCCACGUACAUCUUCGGGAAGAGCGGAGGCCUCAUCCUCUACACCUGGCCGGCCAACGACAGGCCCAGCACACGCUCCGACCGCCUGGCCGUGGGCUUCAGCACGACCGUGAAGGACGGCAUCCUGGUGCGCAUCGACAGCGCCCCGGGCCUCGGCGACUUCCUGCAGCUUCACAUCGAACAGGGGAAGAUCGGAGUUGUCUUCAAUAUUGGCACAGUUGACAUCUCCAUCAAAGAGGAGAGGACUCCGGUAAAUGAUGGCAAAUACCACGUGGUGCGCUUCACCAGGAACGGCGGCAACGCCACACUGCAGGUGGACAACUGGCCGGUGAACGAGCACUACCCCACAGGCAACACUGAUAAUGAACGCUUCCAAAUGGUAAAACAGAAAAUCCCCUUCAAAUAUAACCGGCCCGUAGAAGAGUGGCUGCAGGAAAAAGGCCGGCAGUUAACCAUCUUCAACACCCAGGCGCAAAUAGCUAUUGGCGGAAAGGACAAAGGACGCCUCUUCCAAGGCCAGCUUUCUGGGCUCUAUUAUGAUGGUUUGAAAGUACUGAACAUGGCGGCUGAGAACAACCCCAAUAUUAAAAUCAAUGGAAGUGUCCGGCUGGUGGGAGAAGUCCCAUCAAUCUUGGGAACAACACAGACGACCUCCAUGCCACCAGAAAUGUCUACCACCGUCAUGGAGACCACCACUACAAUGGCUACUACCACAACCCGCAAGAAUCGCUCUACAGCCAGCAUUCAGCCAACAUCAGAUGACCUUGUUUCAUCUGCUGAAUGUUCAAGCGAUGACGAAGACUUCGUUGAAUGCGAGCCGAGUACAGAUAAGAGUCUUUCCACUUCAAUCUUCGAAGGUGGCUACAAAGCACAUGCGCCCAAGUGGGAAUCCAAGGACUUUAGACCUAACAAAGCCUCCGAAACUAGUAGGACUACUACCACAUCUUUGUCCCCUGAGCUGAUCCGCUUCACAGCUUCCUCCUCGUCUGGGAUGGUGCCCAAAUUGCCAGCUGGCAAAAUGAAUAACCGUGAGCUCAAACCCCAGCCUGAUCUAGUCUUGCUUCCGUUGCCCACUGCCUAUGAGCUAGACAGCACCAAACUGAAGAGCCCACUAAUUACUUCCCCCAUGUUCCGUAAUGUGCCCACAGCAAACCCCACGGAGCCGGGAGUCAGACGGGUCCCGGGGGCCUCAGAGGUGAUCCGCGAGUCCAGCAGCACAACAGGGAUGGUCGUCGGCAUUGUGGCUGCAGCCGCCCUCUGCAUCUUGAUCCUCCUGUACGCCAUGUACAAGUACAGGAACAGGGACGAGGGCUCCUACCAGGUGGACGAGACGCGGAACUACAUCAGCAACUCGGCGCAGAGCAACGGCACGCUGCUCAAGGAGAAGCCACCGAGCUCGAAGGGCGGCCACAAGAAACAGAAAAACAAGGACAAGGAGUACUACGUGUAGGCGCCACGCCGCCGCUCCCGGCGCGCGAAGCUGAGCCCGGGUCGUUCCUUUGCCCACAGACGCGCGUGUACUUGGCAACCUGAGCAUUCCGCAGGGGUCAGAACUGUCCUAGGAGACGGGGCUGUAUGGACCAUGACUCCGGUGGGGAAAAUCAUUCGUGAACAGAACACCAAGAUGCACCUAACCGAGAAGGCGCAAGCCACGGGCUUCUUUGACGCAGUCGCCGCUCGGAGACAGAAAGUUCUUUCUGCCCUGCUGUGUCAGCCAGCACACACUUUUGCACGCUGGAGUGAGCAGGUGGCUCCCCGCCCCCGCCCCCCCGGCCCCCCAACUUUUCGCAGACUUGGAAGCUUCCUUCUCUUGAGGACCUUUCACCCAAGGUAGAAGACUUCAUGGCUUACUUGUUCCAUAACUCCAAGUGAGUCUGUAAUAAUGUUUGUGAAGCUUGACUGUAAUAAUGUUUUUUUUGUUUGUUUGUUUAAUUAUGUAAAAAACAAAAAAAAAGAAAAGAAAAAAGUUAAAAACAACAAACCCACCCUUAUCUGGUUCUGGCCAGUGUGCGUGUAACUUUUCAAGAUCUGAGGGGAAAAAAAUGGCUUUUGGGUAUUUGAUUAUUUUUUGAAAAUAAUUGGACAUAAGAAGAAGAAAAACAAAAUCUCAGAAAAUAAAAGUAAGAGAGACUAUUGCCAUAUGAACUCAAAAGCUACCAUGGUGUUCACUCUACAUAUCAGGUUGUGGUGUUUCUAGAAUCUGUUGUCUGUUUCUAUAUGAGGCUUUGCUGAACACAUAGCAAAAUCAUGGGAUGGAUGAUGGUUCUGAUUGGAAAAGCUGGUCCCUCAGGAUCAAAUUCCAGAAUUUGCCACCCAAACCCUGAACAGAUGUGGUUAGGGCUGGCUUUCUCAGAGCUAUCAGCUUCACUUAACAAUAUUGUUCCUGUCCAUGAGCCCAGCCAAAUUGAGCUAAAGGAGAUAGCCCCACAAAUUAAAACAGAGCCUGUCCUAGGAAAGGGGGCCGGGGGGUGGGCUGGAUCUGUGACUGAUCGAAAUGCAUGCGAAUAUAAGAGAAAAGACAGUACAAGAAGUCUGUUACAGAAUCAAAACAGACAAUAGGGGAGUUCAACUUGUGAUAGAACCACAAAAGGUCACACAAGCCAAACACAGCGUGACAGAGUGCAAAACUCAUAGUUCUUCCCCCGCCCCCAACAUGAUAAUGUUUUUCCUAGUGAUUUUAUUUUCCACCCUGACAUUUACAGAUAACUCUAUCCUUCCAUUUGCUCACAUCUCCCUUCACCCAUCUUUUCUAAAGAUAAAUAAAUAACAAAUGAAUAAAGCUGCUGUGACACACACACAAAAAAUGGAAUUUAAUAGUAUAAUAUAUAUAAAUAAAUAUAUAUACAGAUAUAUUUAUCAUGGUAUGUUUGAUGGGAUGACUGAAACAGGAAAACUGUUAAAAUCUUGCAGUGGAAUGAGAAUGUUGUUUUCAAAGAAAAUAACAAAACAACAAAAAAGUAAACCUUAAAAUGUGAAGAAAGUGUGAGUUUUAGUUUUGUCACAGUUAACUGUGUCAAGGAGAAUUAAAAAAAAAAACUCUUCUCAGAUUUUGUUUACAUAUUUUACUACAUUUUUGCUGGUAUAGUUCCUUAGCCACCUGUGUACAUACUGCUUUGAGAACUGUUCUUUCCUUUGUUUAUUUCCGUUUGUUUGGUUUCUGUUCUAGUUGUCUUUCUUUCUGAAAAGAGGAAACAAUGUACAGUAAAACAAUAAACUGGUUCUGUGGCCAUACCUAACCCAAAAGCAAGAGACGAAGCAAGACAAGUAUUUACAUGAAAAUGAAAUGUGUCCUCUGGAGGGUCAGAUAUAUAGAGUUUCUUUUGUACAGAUGAAAAUCAAUCAGCUGUUUAGAUUUAGAAAUCUACUCUUGCUGGUCUUUGUAAGUUGCAUGAAUAUUUGACUUUGAGAAAAUAUCUUAAAGAUGUGGGGCAAAAAAUGCAAUCUCAAUGAUGGUAGCCUUUACUAAUGUGUAUGGAAAGAGGUGUUCCUCAUUAUCUGAUAUUUCAAUGUGUUAAGAGUUUUGGAUUAUUUUGUUAUCAUUGGAAAAGACAGGAUUAUAAAGAGGUAUCAGAGCACGAUUUUAGAUAACCUAAAUGGCCCAACCUAUAUGAAGUUGAUUAUAUCUCGAUAUCUGUAAAAGAUUGCUGUUCUUGGAGUCUUGAGGUCUUGUGAACUGAUUUCCUGCUUUCUUUCUUUGCAUUUUUUUUUUUUGAGUAAAAAUACAUUUGUUAUAUUCCUUUUAGUGUAAGUUUCUAUUUGGACAAUUUUAUGGGAACAUGUGCAUUCUGUAUGUUAGCUUCUAUCAUAUUCCUGUUGUUUUAUGAGCAAACUCUUAAGAAAUUUAUUUUAUGAUGUUGUGAAGUUACUGCUUUUUUUUUCCUUUUCUCUUUUAUUUCAUAUUUGCAUUUUUGUUCAAGGAUAUGCUUAGCAAUAAAAUGUUCUUCCCAA